AUGAAUUUGAACACAGGAUUUUUUGCUGCUUAUUGUUACCGUCGUAAACAACCAACUGUUGAAUAUCGUGUACCAUUAAACAGUCAACAACAUCAACAUUCAUUAUUAUUAAGAAAUGCACAAUCAUUAAUUGAUAUUACAAAUGGUAGUGAAUCAUUUUUACCAUCAAUACCUACAGCUAAAGAUAGUAAUGAUGGUCAUCGACCAUAUCGUCGUAAUGAUUUUGCUAAUAAUCAUUUAUUUAUUGCUAAACACAAAUUGGCACGAGUUUUUCUUGAUCGACCAACAGUGAAUACGGAAUUAACUGAUGAUCUUAUUCAUUUAUUUGAUCCAUAUGAACCAAAACAAAAAAAUCGUAGAAAAUAUAAAAAUAAACGACAAAAUAAAUCGGAUUGUAAAUCAAUUUCAACAUUUGAUCAAGAUGUUCAUUUAUCUGUUAUUAAUCUUGUUAUGAAACCUUCAUUAUCAUCAUCACAAACUCCUGAUCCAAUCUCUACAAUAUCAUAUCGUCAUGCGCAAGCAAUUAAUUUUCAAACAAGAGCGCCUCGACCAUCAAUUGCAUGGGUAAAUCCAGCAAUUACACAAUAUUUUCAAUCAACAUCAAAUCAUUUAAUUAAAGAUGAGUUUGAAACAAAUACAAUCAUUAAUGAAUUACUAGAUAACAAAUCUGAUAUUAUAAAUAAUACAAUUAAUCCUUUGGAUUCAUCAGUAUCAUAUGUUAAAUCAAUUAUAAACGUAUCUAGACCAAAACAAGAUUGA